UAUUAUUAUUAAAACGGUAUUUUUCUUGCAUUCUUACAUUCCCCACUAUCAUAAUAAUAGUAUUUUAUCUAAUCACAGUUUGGUAGCAAUGAUGGCUAGAGGUUGAGUGUACCUGCUGCUUGGUCAGUGAUGUUCUUAUCACUAAGUCUGGAAACUCAGAACCCAUCGCUUCGGAUGGCAAAACGUUAUCUAUCAAGCUAUUAUUAUUUAUUUGUCCCUUAGGUUCCUAGUGGAUUAUAGGGAUUCAGUAUCAUGUCACCAUUUCACUGUCUUCUCUGCAGUCUUUUAACCUGACUCUACGACUGUCCAUAAACUUUCAUUUCUUCCUCACAUCAUCUCCUCCACAUCAUCCUCGGCUCGGACACCCAACUCGUCGUUCCCCAUUUGGGUUCCAAUCGACGAUCUGACCUGGCCUGCCACCUGACAUCCCCAAAUGGUCUUCUCAGUGUAUGUUCAAUCCAAUGCAUCUCCACUUUCUUCUACAUAUUUGUUGGGUGAUAGGUUGUUGGUUGGUUCGUUGUCAUCCAGGAGAUGAUGAACUCAAGAAGAAAGUGGACAGUUUUUUAGACGAUCAAGCUCAAUUGGCUAGUACUUAUUCAUCAAUUAAGGUGACUGAAAUAGAUUUGACCGAAAAGAAUGAGAAAAUCAGCGAGUUGCAGAAAUGUAUAGAUGAGCUACAAAUUAAGGACAAGAUUAUUAAAUUGGAUGCAACUACUAGUACUGAGGUUCACACUAGUAGUGUUCAGUCACAGUUUAAUUCAGAGGAACUAACAAGAGAUGAUGCUCUUGAAGAUCGAGAAGAAUUAACUGGGGAAAAUAGUCUAUUGACAGAGCAAAGAUUGAAUUGUUUAUCGGAAAAUGAGUCUUUAAAGAGAGAAUUAUUGUCUGUAAAGAAUGAACUGGAGGAUUUCCGCAGAAAAUUAAUCCACGCUGUCGAUUCUCCAAAUAGUCAAAUACAAAAACUUGAAACAGAAAUUACUAAUCGUUCAAUGUGUAUAUCAGUUCUUGAAAGACAAAUUCAAGAGCUGAAGUUGGUCAAUAAGAAAUUCUCUGAAGAUUCAUCAGUUUUACAACAUACUAAUGACAAUUUACAAACUGAGUUAAAGACUCUAAGAAAUGAAUUUGAAAUAAAAAGAAAACAGUAUGAAAUGAUAUUCUUAGAUAUUACUAUUGGACAGUCGAAUCAAGGACCCUUGUUCCAUUGUAUUUGCGACUCGUCCAUCUGGCGUACCUACUUCUCAAAUCGUUUAACCAAUGAAUUGAUUGAAUCACAAAAGAUGACUAGUGUUCUUCAAGCUAAAUAUGAACAUCUACAAAUCCAAGCUGACGAAGCCAUAAAAUCAAAUCAAGUCUCUGAAGAAAAAUUGAUAGGUUUAAAAGAAGAGCUUGAUAGUGUUCGUUCAGAAUCGCGAACGGAAUCUGCUGUAUCCAAAAAGGAAAUUGAUUCGUUAAUGGAAAAGUUAAUUAAUGCUGAAGAUGUUAGUUCAAGCCUUAAAAACGAGUUGAAUUUAAAAUUGAAAGAAGUUAAGGAGUUACAAACCGCUGUUAUUGAAUUAGGCAGAGAAAAUCAAACUCUUCAAGUUCUACGAGAACGCUUAACAAAUCGUCAGUGGACUAAGGAUGACGAAGCUAUGACAUGUUUUGGUUGUGAUCGUGAAUUCUCUAUCAGCACAAGAAGGCAUCAUUGCAGGAAUUGUGGAGGCAUAUUUUGCCAAAACUGUUCAUUGAACCGUGCUUCUACAACGUAUAGCAAAGAUCCAGUUCGUCAUGAUUUUGAUUUGCUUACUACCUGUUUUAUAUUUAUUAUCAUGAUGCAUAAUACAUAUGCUGUUAAAUUGACAAUAUUUCUUGAAGAAUACGAGUUACUGCAUUGGAAUUACUUAGCUUACAGCUUUCUCAUAAUUUUUAAAAAUCAACCAAUUUGUCAGUUAUCUUCAUUUUUUGCUGAAUUAGGUUAA